UGGGUUGAAAUUAAGAAUUAGAUUUUCCAAGUAGGUAAAAGGUCACAGCGAUGUGUUUUGAAGGUACAUGUCGGGCAAAAAACAUCAUGGUCAAAGUCCGCUGGUCCGCAAUGCAGUACCCAUGGAAGGGUCUUAAGACAAUGAACACACACAUGUAUGUGAAAUAUGAAAGCCCUUAUAUGGUUAACAUAAAUUGUACUGGGGUCAAGAAAAACUUCGUAAGGCAAAGGUCACGGUCAAAAUUAGCGAGUCUACAAAAUGUAGUACCAAUGGAGAGGACUUGUCACAAGAUGCACACAUGUGAAUACUCAAGCAGCAUACUCCUUAGAAUUGACACAACACUGUUAUAUAUAUAUAUAUAUAUGGCCCACGGUGACUCCUUUCUUAAUGAGUUCCUCAUAAAUAUUCAUGACGCGUCGAAAACGAGGCUACCGGUGUCUCUGGUGUAUACAAAUAUGGCGGAAGCGAACGUGUCAGAAAUCACCAACAACUCAACGCGAGAUUUGCGGGCAGUUCCUGAUGAGAUAACGUUCGGAUUUGUAGAGAAUGCCAUUAAAACAUCAUCUUCAAGCACCGGAAGCAGGGAGGUAUCGAAAGGAUACAAAUACUUCAGUGAAAAGUAUAUCUAUGAUAUAAGAGUCCAUCAGAUAGAUCAGGGUUGCUUAAUUCGUGCCAGAUCCUAUAGAUCACAGCGGAAAAAUGAAGCUCCACAUGAUGUAGAGGUUGUUAUCAGAAAUGGUCCAUCAUUUGAUAGCAGUUCCAGUAAGUGUUCCUGUGCUAUUGGCUCUGGUGGCUGUUGUGGACAUAUUGCUGGUGUACUCUAUUCUGUUGCCCAUAUGAAAACAACUGGAGUGUCAGCAGUACCUUGUGAUGUAGCAAAAACAUCUCUACCACAAACCUGGCACAUUCCCAGAGGUGAAAAGAUAGGUGGGUCUGUGUCAAGUGAUGUAACAUUGCAAGGAUAUGAUCCUAAAUGCCCACAGCGUCAGACCAGAGGAUUAAGGUCAACAUUAUAUAAUCCAAUACCUUCUGGUGUGGAGAAACUUGAUGUCCAGAAAUUGUGUGAAAACCUGUACAAAGUUGACAAAACAUGUUUAUUCUUAUCAAAUGUAUCUUUAAGUUCUCAACAAAAGGAGAUUGAUACAAAAUAUGGAAAGUUUCCUAAAGGCUCUCCACUUGCCACCCAACAAAGACUCCACAGUGACUUUGUGUUAAAUAUCUUAGAUGCAGGAGAUUUUCCUAAACUACCUAUGCAAAAUCUCAUGGUUAAUGAACUAAAUGUGGUACUUGAGUACAGCAAGAACAUUCAAUUUAAUUCAUUGAUAAUCUCGGAGACUCAGUCAUUGGAAAUUGAGGAAAGCACCCGUCUGCAAUCCCAGGAUCCCAAAUGGUACAGAAUAAGGAGAGAUAGGAUUACAGCCUCAGUGGCGGGAGAUAUCGUAAAAAGGCAGAAAGAGUGUGAUCCACUCAUUAAGAGACUCCAGUCAACCAGAAAGGUUGUAACUGCCAACAUGCGAUAUGGGAUAGCCAGUGAGCCUGUUGCAGCAAACGCAUAUGUGGAGAGGUUGAAUGGGGAAGUGAACAUUUAUCCGUGUGGAUUAGUAGUGAGUCCGUGGUCCCCAUGGUUGGCUGCAUCUCCAGACCGCAAAGUCUACUGCCCAACACUGAAUCCAAAGUAUGGUCUGCUGGAGAUAAAGUGUCCUGUAAACCCUUUGUCAGAGUGCCAGUACCUCACCAAGGAUGAAAAUGGAUACAAACUGAAGGAGAGGCACAACUAUUUUUACCAAGUUAUGAUGCAGAUGGCAGUGACAGGGAUGGAAUGGUGUCACUUCUUUGUGUGGACACCUGAGGAAAGUCAUUUGGAACUCAUUCUUUUCAACACGAAUACAUGGAAAGAAAUGAAGGAAAAGCUUGAUGAUUUCUUUUUUUACCACUACUUAAGUUAGAUAAAAUUUGUAGCAAGAUACAGUUUGUAGUUAGAUACAAUUUGUAAUAUGUCAAUUGACUUUGUUAUUGAGAGCUCAAUAACUUUCAUGAAUCAAACUUAAAGAACAUUUUAUGACAUACAUGUACAAAUGUAUCAUUCAUACUAACCUUACUGUUAUUUGGCUAGUACUAAUCCAGGGUAUAGUUUAUAACAAUACAAGAUAGCUUACUUCCAAUCUUUGACAAGAGGUCCCUUGAAUAAUGUUAACAUAUUUGCAACUGUCCAUAUUUGAUUAAUUGUUCCUACCAUACUUAAGGGGAUGAUACUAUCAAAUAGGUGAUACUCCUUGACUCUUCGGAUAUGCCUCUCAAUAUGUAUCCUCAAUUUAGCAAUUACCUGAGUCUGCUCCACUUCCUGUCUUGUAAAUUGACCUUGACCUUGAAGGAAUGGAGGUGUGUUCACUGAAAUACCUGUACCUUCAAGUACCUUGUUGAGUACAAACCCUUUGUCUGCCAUAAUUGAAUCUCCCCUGUCCAGGAGUUCAAUUAAGCCAGAAAGCUUAGUAAUUUCUACAUCUGACAUACUGCCUGUAUACAAACUUGAAACAAAUGUCAGAGCUCCAUGUGGAGCAAUACCAACAAGACCUUUCCAUGUAUGUGAGCUUUUAUAUGAUGAGUAACAUUUAGAGCUAAGUAAGAGAGAAGAUGGUCGCUCUGCUUUUAACUCUGUGCAAUCAAUUAUUACCCUGGUAGAUGGAUACAUAGUUCUGAAUUGGUUAGGCAUUUUCUCAUCGAUAGAUUCUCUAGUUGGCCAAAUAUUUAUGCUUCCCAAAGCAAAGUACAAAAAAUUUGCCCAUGUUAUUAUUUUUCUACUCACUGUAGAUAAGUGACAGUUAAACCGUACAGCUAAAUCCUGCUCCAAAAGACCACAUCUUAACCGACAUAGGAACAUAAACAACUCGUCAAUCAACAACAUAUUCCGUUGUUUGCCUACUAACCCCUGUUGGUUGAUUCUGUCGGAACAUUUAUAAUAGUAACUGGUCAUUGUACUAGCAGCUGGUUUGAUAAAUUCAAAAAAAGCUGAAAACAUCAGCAUAGAAGCAAAACCUGUAUAAAAUGAAAUCAUUGCAUUGUCAUUACAAAAUCUUUGAAUGCCAAAUCUCUCAAUCUCUAGCUGUUGUUGUAACUUCUUAAUUUCAUCUUCCCUUUUCUUUAAUAAAUCCUCCAAGUCUUCAACAUUUCUUGUCUCAAACUGGUUUGUUUCUUCAUUCACAUGGCUAUAAACAAUAGAUAUUUCAUUAUAAGCAUUCAUCAUUUAAUUUUCAGACUAGAUAUGCAUGAGAUUUGAAAUAAUUUACAUGUAAUAUUAUCUUAGAAACAAAAGUAAAAGUCAACUAAACAGAUUCAUUGCCAGUGAAAGAAUACCCCAACCCUCUUUCUAAUAGAUUUUUGUCUGGGUGUCAUGCCAUGGUGAAAUAAAACUUAUGAUGAAUAAAUAGAAGACAGACAUACAUGUAUAAUUAAAAAAAAAUCCCAAUAUUUCCAAUAGUUAAAUUAGUUUGGAAUGAUACAACAUUUCAUACCUCAACAAAGAUCUUGAUGAUCCAGCAUCAUACUGUCCAGCAGCAUUGAUCUUGUUGUGAGUUGAAUUAUACAAAAUAGUUAAUACAAUUGCAAACCAGCAUUAAAUAAAGACUGACGUUUGACAAUUGAUUAAACAUUCUGAGAAUAAUUCACAUUAUGUUGGGUUAACACACUCCACAUGUUCACCGGUAUGAUAAAGACGCGUUGAAAAACACUUAAGCUUAGACUAAGAAUCUGAGAGUAAUAUUUUAUCAAAUGUAAUUAUAUUUAUUUUUAUUUCAAGUGUUUACUACUAACUAGUACACUCUCAGUAUCAUGUAAAUGUAAGUUAUACAUUAGAAUGAGAAUUCUGCAGGCUGCAUAGUUUAAUUCAUGUAUGGUAAUAAUUUAUUUCUAUACUUUGUACAUUAUCAUAGGGCUAAAGAUAUACUUUUGGAAUUGAAAAAUAGAAACAGUUGAAUGGAGGAAAACCUAGAUGUAUAUUAUACAUGUAUACAACUAUUAAUUCUGAAUAGUUUGAGACUGGUUGGAUAUUCUAAUUUUCAAAUGAGUAUAUUGAUGCAAGUUUAUUCAAUAUUGAAAUUGACAGUGAACUGAAUAACAAAUUACCUUUCUCUGAUCGAAUUAAAAGUUUCACAUGAGCUUGA